CUUGAAUAGUAAACUUCCGAAUAGAAAUUCAACAUGAGUUCCAGUUAUGAUCGUGCAAUUACAGUUUUUUCUCCCGAUGGCCAUUUGUUUCAAGUGGAAUAUGCACAAGAAGCUGUAAAGAAGGGUUCUACAGCCGUUGGUGUUAGAGGUAAAAACAUUGUUGUGUUGGGUGUGGAAAAGAAGGCUGUAGCUAAACUACAAGAAGAUAGAACUGUAAGAAAGAUUGCAUUGUUAGAUGAACAUGUGGCUCUGGCUUUUGCAGGAUUAACAGCUGAUGCUAGAAUAUUGAUUAAUAGAGCCAGAAUAGAAUGUCAGAGUCAUAGAUUAUCAGUUGAAGAUCCUGUAACAUUAGAUUAUAUCACUCGUUAUAUUGCCCAAUUAAAACAGAAAUUUACCCAAAGUAAUGGAAGAAGACCAUUUGGUUUAUCUGCCUUAUUAAUAGGAUUUGAUCAGGAUGGCACACCUCAUUUGUAUCAAACAGACCCAUCUGGUACUUAUCAUGAAUGGAAGGCAAAUGCGAUUGGUAGAAGUGCCAAGACAGUGAGAGAGUUUUUAGAAAAGAAUUACACUGAAGAAAUAUCUAAUAGUGAAGAAGAGACGAUCAAAUUAGCUUUAAAAGCUUUAUCUGAAGUAGUUCAAACUGGUGGCAAGAAUAUGGAGAUAGCAGUGAUGAAAAGAGGAGAACCUUUGAAGAUGUUGGAAUCAGAUGAGAUUGAGAAGUUUAUAGCAGAAAUAGAUAAAGAAAAGGAAGAAGAGGCUGAGAAGAAAAAACCUAAGAAAUAAUUAAAAUUAUACAGGACAAUCUAACGACAUUACUUAAAAUCUCUAAAUCUUCAUUGGUCGAUGAUCAUCUUCGUGUAAUUAUAUUUAAUGACAUCUGUACAGGUUCACUGUUGAAUUAAAAUAACUUGUAGAAAUACAUG